ACAAUGGAUCGAUGAAACACAUACCUGAUGAAGACUUCGCCCAGAGCACCAUUUGAUUUCCCGUCUUGGAAUUCCUCCGUGUUACCUGGAGAUUCAUGUACCCAUCCGUACUAACAAGGAAUCCUUUGUACUCGAGCCCCCAUUUUAGCUUUACGAAUACCGGCUUUCCAGUAAGCUCCUGCAUGAAAGGCUUGGGAUUAACAGGGUUGACCUAGGAUGUAAGUAAAUUCGGACUUCGAAAAAGGCAAAAAGAAACCACUACAUAAAACACAACCUGUGACAUAUUGCUUUGAUUCGCUUUUGGCCGCGUUUGUGCCAAUAACUUGUGCAAACCAUGUCAGACCGCGAAGGACACUCGGGAGCUGGACCGUCGGAUGAAGAUCUCUCGCUGCCGAAGGCAACGGUCGCAAAGAUGAUCAGUGAACUACUACCAGCUGAAGUCACAUGUGCGAAGGAGACGCGAGAUCUAGUCAUAGAGUGUUGUGUAGAAUUUAUUCACUUGAUCUCGUCGGAGGCGAACGAGAUAUGUGAGCAAGAAUCCAAGAAGACCAUAGCACCGGAGCAUAUCAUCGCGGCACUGAAACGGCUAGGCUUCGAUUCCUUUACAACUGAAGUUGAAGAUGUCUUGAAAGAUCACAAGCAGCAACAAAAGGACCGAGAGAAGAAGGCAGACAAGAUAAAAGAUUCGGGUUUAACGCCAGAGGAACUUAUGGCAAAGCAAGAAGAGCUUUUUGCUGCAAGUCGUGCAAGAUUCGCUCAACCGCAGGGGCAGCAACAGCCAUCUGCUGAAACUUAGGUGGUGAAGCCGAUAGCGGACACUCAUGGUACCUGCGAUUCGUAUUAUUGUUGUAUCGGACGCUGUACACCAGUACUUCUAAUGAUUUUUAUUUUAUAUUUCUGUCUUGUCGCUGCC